AAGUAUCUCAUUCAACUCGUUCUCGGCUUACGUGCUUAAAAGGACGUCGACAAAUUCAAUUCACGUGCACGUCUCGCGACUCACGAUUGCCACCAAACAUCGAAGAAGCCAACCAACCAAAGAGUCCAAGACCAACAGAGCGAUAGCGACGCAGUUGUUUUCUCAUUCUCGUUGUGUUUAUUCGAUUCACCAUCACCAUACGCCGAGACUGACUGUGACUCGACUCGGCGCAGUAUUUAAAACCAAGUACGAACGUAAACAAUUCAUCAUUUAGUUCGUCGACUCCAAACGAAUAGGACACUCUUUAAAACUGAUUAUACAAAAUUAAUUUUGUGAAGAAAAAUUAUUUUUGCGAGAAAUUAACUUUAAUUCAAAAUAAAAAUUUAAAUUCCCAAGAUGAGUUCCCUCGUAGUAAGAUGCACCAAAACUCACUGUGAACUUCUAACACAAAUUGCUAAACAAGCAACUUGUUAUUCAACCAAAUCCGUCGGACCACAGAACACAGAAAAACCAAAAGUUAGUGCUCGAUUAACCGAAUUCCAAAAGAAAAUGCGUGAGAAAACUCCAAUUGGCAAAUUGGAUGAAAUUGUCGGCAAACAUCCACACCAAGAAAAGGAACCACUUAAGCCAUGGCCAAACAACACUAAUCCCUACACUGGCGAAGUUGGUGGACCUGCUGGACCAGAACCUACCCGCUAUGGUGAUUGGGAGAGAAAAGGAAGAGUUUCGGAUUUCUAGUCUCACAUUUUGUUUUAAGUUCCUGUUAUUAGUGUCUUUAUUAUAAGUACCUACCAAUUAGCUAGCAUAAGAAAUUAUUAAGAGAUGCUUUAUCAUAGAUUUGCGAAAAUGUAAAAUAACUUAUUUUUUGUUUUGUUUGUUUAAGACUGCUUUCGCAAUCUAACAUAGUUUUGUAAAUUCGAGGUAGAAUAUAAUAAAAAUUAAUUGUAAUGUAAAAAAAGUUAA